AUGCCCCAUGACUUAUCCCUCCACUGGGCUCUCAUGGGGCAUGCUUUUCUCCCUUUUUUCACCCACUCCCCCUUUGCAUUGUGCCCCAUGAAAAACCAGAACCGAGGGUGUUCAUGGGGCAUGGUACUUAUUUUGGUAUGCAUCACCCCUCCCCAACAUCACCUGAGCUUCGACACUGGAGCAGUCUUGUGUGCAUCCACAAGGCAGAUUGCUGAUGAGCAAGUCCAGCUGGACCUCGAAGAGGCUGUAUGGUCUGAUGAGCACCUUGAUAGUCUGAUGACAAGUUGCCUCGAAGAUUUCCCAGAUGAUGAUGUGUCUGAGCUAGCAGAUUAUGCAGCUGGCAUUGCACGAAGCAGCAUCACAGAUCGGACACGAGAUGGACAUGCCAGGUGA